AACGCUUGAAUGGAAUUCUGAGCUCUCUCUCUCUCUCUGUCUCUGCUCCUCCACCACUUGUGAUCUGUGAUCUGGAUUUGUGUCGGCUUUCGGAAUGAGUUUGUCGAAGAAUCUCAAGGAACUGCAUGGGGCAGAUCGCCAGCGGUUCUUAGACUCCUUUGAUCUGGUCUUUUGCGAUUGUGAUGGUGUGGUCUGGUAUCCCCUACGCGACUUUAUACCCGGCUCGGCUCGGGCUCUUGCCCAUCUGCAGAGUCUGGGCAAGCGUCUGACAUUUGUGACCAAUAACAGCAUCAGUUCCCCGGAAGAUCACAUCGAGAAGUUUGCCCGCCAGGGAAACCUGAAGAUAGAGGAGCACCAGAUCGUGCAUCCGGCCCAGACCAUCUGCGAUCAUCUAAAGUCUGUGGAGUUCCAGGGACUCAUCUAUUGCCUGGCAACGGCCCCCUUCAAGCAGCUGCUGCAGGCAGCAGGCUUUCAAUUGGCCCAAGAGAGCGGACCGGUGGUGAUCAAGAGCCUGAGGGAUCUGCAUGAGGCCAUCUUCGACGGGGAACCAGUGCAGGCUGUUGUCAUCGAUGUGGACUUCAAUAUGUCGGCGGCCAAGCUGAUGCGUGCCCAUGUCCAGCUGCAGAAUCCUCAGUGUCUGUUCCUGGCUGGUGCCUCUGAUGUGCUCAUACCGUUCGGCCAAGGCGAGAUUAUAGGUCCUGGGGCCUUUAUCAAUGUGGUAACCGAAUCGGUGGGCCGUCAGCCCGUGGUUCUGGGCAAGCCGGGCGAUGCGUUGCGCCAGGUGCUGCUUCAACGCCAUCCGGACAUACCGCCGCAACGUGUGCUCUUUGUGGGCGACAGCCUGGCCAGUGAUAUUGGCUUUGCCCGGGCCAGUGGCUAUCAGACGCUGCUCGUCCUCACCGGCGGCACCAAGGCCACAGAUGUGUCACGCCUGCCAGCGAAUCAUCCCCAGCUGCCGGACUAUGUUGCCGAUUGCCUGGGCGAUCUGGUCGAUAGCGAUUAACGGAGCUUGGACCUUAUCCACCCCCAGACAGUUAGGAGGAGAAUACAUUGAAGUGGUCUUUGGCGUGGAAAACAAAGGUGUAUUCGUACUAUUAUACAUUUGCAGAUACAAAUAUUAAGAAAGUCUUGGGAUCUUGAAAAAACCCAAAAAGUAAAUGCCACAAAAUACUCUUCCAUGAAUCAUAACAGAAAUUGUACCGUUCUUAGGCGAUAGA